CAGAGCAGCCUAACUGCUGACCUCUUUUUCAGAUCGUUCUGUGGAAGGUCGAUGAAAUGGCGGCGUUAAUUCACACUUUAGCAGACCACAGCGACGAUGUCAACUACUGCGCCUUCUCACCAUCGUGCUUGGCUACGUGUUCCUUGGACAAAACCAUUCGUGUUUAUUCCUUAAGCGACUUCACUGAGCUCCCGUACUCACCUUUGAAGGGCCACACGUACGCUGUCCACUGCUGCUGCUUCUCUCCGUCGGGACGUGUCCUAGCUUCCUGCUCAACGGACGGCACGACCAGGCUGUGGGACGCUGGCGACGGCCGGGUGCUGGCGGUGCUGGAGCAGCCCAGCAGCAGCCCCGUUAGGGUCUGCCGGUUCUCCCCCGAGUCUGCGUACCUGGUGUCGGGGGCAGCGGACGGGAGUGCGGUGCUUUGGAACCUGCAGUCGCUGACACCCUACAGGUCUGGCAGUGUCAAAGAUGGUUCUUUGGUGGCCUGUGCGUUUUCUCCUGAUGGAAGUUUCUUUGUCACUGGAUCAUCGUGUGGCGAUUUAACCAUUUGGGAUGACAAAAUGAGAUGCCUGGGUACUGAAAAAGCACACGAUCUUGGCGUCACCUGCUGUGAUAUUUCCUCCCAGCCAGUUUCUGAUGGUGAACAUGGAUUCCGACACUUCCGGAUGGCUUCCUGUGGUCAAGACAAUCAGAUCAAACUCUGGCUUAUUUCGGUUACAGAUUUCUCAGGUGUUGAAGUGAAACACAAGUGCACGUUGGACGGACACUCUGCCCCGGUGCUGGCUUGUGCGUUUUCCUGCGACGGGCGGAUGUUGGCGUCCGGGUCUGUGGACAAGUGUGUCAUCGUACGUGAGCCUAGCACUGGCAGCACCCUCCAUACUUUGUCUCGGCAUACCAGAUACGUUACAGCUUGUGCCUUCGCACCCACUCGUCCCUUGCUGGCCACAGGCUCCAUGGAUAAAACGGUCAACGUCUGGCAGCUUG